GGAGCAAGCAGCGGAGGGAGGAAGGAAAGAAGGGAGGGGGGAGGUUGGACUCGGGCAGGAAGAGCACAGUACGUCGAUCCUUCGCUGUCACCUGUAAGUGAAAUGAACACCUGUUGCCGGUGGGCUUUUAAAAGGAAAACGCUCAAAUUUCAGGUAGUUUGCAACGCUACAAAGGAAUAAGGCCCGCUUUUAGUUUUUCAACCACUGACCUGGUGUCUACAAACUCGGGCACAAGUUGGACUAACACUCGAGAAGGAUGUGUUUUUAAAAGCUAAAUCUGCCAGCGGCUUUCAAAAAAGAAACGGAGCUACAGAUUGAACAUGCUGCAGGUUGUAUGAGUGACAGAUAUGGGGUCGGCAAGAUCUUAUUUGCAGACUUUCACUGUGGCGGUGGUUAUUUGCCAAUUCCUAACCACUGAAGGUUUGACCUCUGAGGUACAGGCAAAGGCUGGAAGCUCCGUGGAGCUGGAGUGCAGACUUCCGUCAUCAGACCCAGCAGUUGUGUCCUCUGCAUCCCAGCAUGUGGUUGAAUGGAUUCGACAGGGAUUUGACAUUCCUGUUCUGAUUAAAUUUGGAUCUUAUGCACCUCGGGUACAUCCACAGUAUGAGGGGCGAGUAUCUCUGGUACGAAUCACCACCUUGAGGCUGGAGGGCCUGCUGCUCGCUGACCAGGGCUUGUAUGAGUGUCGAAUCCUCUCAUUGGAUAAGCCAACAGAUGAGCUGCAAAAUGGCACCUGGACUGUACUUUCUGUUACUGCCCCACCUACCUUCACUGAACCCCCACCUCCUGUCCUCGAGGCUUUUGUUGGAAGUCACAUUUCUCUUUCCUGCAUGGCUAAUGGCAACCCUACUCCAGCCAUCACUUGGUUUAAAGAUGGCAUUGCCAUUCAAAAAAAUAUUUCUAAGGAUGGAGUUUUAUCUCUGCGAGCAGUGAGUAUACAAUCAGCAGGACAGUACACUUGCCACGCCUCCAACUCUGAGGGAAACGUGACUUGCGUGACAAAAGUGAAGAUCAAAGGUCCGCCUGUCAUUGUCAUACCUCCCAAAAACACCUCUCUGAACAUGUCCCAAGAUGCACGUCUCCAGUGCCAGGCAGUGGCAGAUCCCCCCAACAUGACAUACGUGUGGGAAAAAGGUGGAGAAAAUGUCUAUCACAUAGAGUCUCUAAAGUCACGAGUGAAGAUCAUGGUAGAUGGGACUCUACUUAUCUCCAGGCUCAUCCCAGAGGACUCUGGCAACUACACCUGUGUGCCAACCAAUGGCCUGCUGAUUCCGCCAACUGCCUCUGCCAUCCUCACAGUGAUGCACCCUGCCCAGGCACUAAAAAUGCCCCAGGAAACCUACCUCCCCACAGGUAUGGAUGGUGUGGUUUCCUGCCCAGUGAUAGCUCAGCCCCCGCUGCUCCGUGUGGAUUGGAUGAAGGACGGAGAACCAGUCGACCUGUCUUUGUAUCCUGGAUGGACCAUGGCACCAGAUGGUUCUUUGUUCAUGGCGACUGUCAACGAUGAUGCAGCGGGCAUGUACAGGUGUACUCCGUACAACAGCUAUGGCACUAUGGGCACAUCUGGACCAACUAGUGUAAUUCUACAGGACCCCCCUUCAUUCAGCAUCACUCCGGAGAAACAGUAUAAAGUGGAGGCUGGUAGAACCCUGCUUAUCCCCUGUCAAGGAAAUGUGGACCCAACAAUUAAAGUGACCUGGAGCAAGGUUGGCCUGGCUCGUAGCGUUUCCUACUCCGUAGAACCCGACGGUUCGUUGCUGCUGCAGCCUCUGACCAAGGACCACCAGGGGGUGUGGGAGUGCAGCGCUUCUAAUCGUGUAGCCUCAGUAAAGACCAGUACACAUGUAUUUGUUCUGGGAACCAGUCCCCAUGCGGCUACCUCUCUGUCCGUGUCUCCAGGGGUGAAGCAGGCCAACAUAUCCUGGGAGGCAGGCUUUGAUGGAGGAUCAGCACAGACAUUUUCAGUUUGGGUGAAAAAGAUUUCAGCAAGUGAUGAUGACGGGAAGCAGGACUGGUUCUCUGUGCCUGUGCCCCCCUCCUCUGGCCCUAGGCUGCAGGUGACAGGCCUGUCUCCUUCCACUCACUACCAGUUCAGUAUCCUGUCUCAGAAUAAAAUGGGAACUGGCCCAUUCAGUGACAUCGCCACUGCACGGACUUUGGAUCCUCCACCAAGGAAAAAUAAACUAAAGCCCCCUGCAUCGCUGUCAGCUAAUCGGGGUUCAGCAGGUGUUGUUCUGCAAUGGUCCCUUCCUGAAGCUCAGCACCCUGCCGUCACUGGCUUUGUUCUCCAAUCCCGCACCGAGCAAGGGGAGUGGUUUAAUUUGGACGAGGACAUCAGUGCCAACAGUAGCGAGAUAGUGGUUCCGGGUCUGCACAAGGACUGUGUGUACGAGCUGCGACUGCUAUCUCGACGUGGGGACUUGCUGAGCGAGCCCAGUCCAUCAGUCAAUGUCUCCACCGCAGGUAUGGAGAUCUACCCGUCCACAUCCCGGCUCCUGGAGUUCGUCCCAGAGUCGUUACUGGCCGGUGUCCUGGGUGGGGUCGGCUUCAUGUUGUUGGCCCUGGUCUUGCUGCUGGGGUCCGCCUGCAUCAUCAACCGCAAGAGGAACCAGCGCCGCGAAAAGAAGAGAGAUGAGCCCCCAACUGCCAUCUAUAAAUGCUCCCCAUCAAUAAAGACUUCAGGCACCGGCACUCCAGACAGUGUGCUGAAGAAAAGCCUACUUCCAGCCAGCUCCCACUAUCCCACAUCUUCCUCUACCACCACCUCCUCCUCUUUGCAGACAGACUGUUCCUCAUUUAGCACCGAGAAUAAUAAUCGGAGGAAGCAUCUUAUGUCCAAGUACAGCAGAGACAGCCUCACUAAAACAACAUCUCUAAUUUCUCCUUCAAUUGAGAUGAUCUCUAGAGGUCCAGAUGGGCGAUUCACACUCCCACCGUAUGACACUGAGACUCUGAGUGUUCACAGCAAGAAAAGUGUAAGGUAUGACCAACACGCUAAAGUUCGACGGUCUGUGUCACUGCACUCGGAGAAGGAAGACAGGAAAGAGCUGCCAUUUGUGCUUUCUGUUGAUCUCCCGCCUUGCAAAAAGUCAAGUUAUGAUGGCUUUCCUGAACUCAGCAGCUUGUGCUCUGACAGUAGUUUGGCCACUAUUCAUCAUCACAACAGAGAAAUAACUCCCGUAUUUCCAGUGCUUCCACAUAUCCGAGCUGGCCUUGGUCAGCCAUCUACAACUGCAAGCGCUCUGGUGCUCCAAAUGGAACAUGAGAGGGAAAGGGGGAACCUGCACCGCUGCCUGAAGCUGGCUCAGGAGAGGGAGGAACUAGAGAGGGAGCUGCAGUGGUACACGCUAGAAAGAAACUCCACAAAGCGCGAGCAGUCAGACCUAAAGAGGAGGGAGGAUGGUGGCAAUGAGCUUGUAUGGGAAUACAAGAGCAGCACCUUGCCACACAGAUACUCCCUAGCCAGCAAGGAGAACCGUUGUUUCUCACCAAGCUUUUUAUCAUCAUCAUCUUCUUCCUACUGGGAAACGCAACCUCUUGUUUCUCCACCCACUCUGAUCCAAUCCAGGCCCCAUCUCAACGCAUCAUCAGCUGCAGCUCCCUCAUAUUUAAAGUCCGGCAAUCGUCAUUCUUCUCCGUUUUUGCCCAAACAGACUUCCUUUCAAUCUGAGGAGGCAAGCAAUUUUUCGAAAGCCAGAUUAACUCUCCCACAUCUUUCCCUAGAGCACCAGAGACAUGAAAGAGCAGGGGCAGCACCAGAAAGCUAUAAUGAUUCACCACAAUCCACAGGCCUAGAUAUGCAAACAAAUGAUUCAUGUUCUGAGGCACAGAGACAGAACAAUCUUAGUCAUGGCAGCCUUUCAACAUUGUCUUUCUACAGCAAUAAAUACACUGAAAGAUCUAAUUCAGCUCUUGAUGCGUUGCCAGGCUCUUCAAAUGUGGAGGUAGUGCUCCCCAAGCCCACUGAUGAAGAUUUGUGUGUUGAGAUGAGUGUAGAUGAGCCACAGUUUGAGAUGUGUGGUGUGCAGCCUACAAAGCCAAUGCUGCACCAACGAAUUGCAUCUCAUGUACAAGCGCACACACUGACCCGCAGAGGCCGGCAUCAUGAUAUGAGGAGGAGCACGAGCUUGAACUGCCGUGGCCCUGUUUCUGUGGAUGAUAUAUUCAGGGUCCCACAUUCUUCGCAACCUUUAGAACCACACAUGUGGAAAGCUGCGAGCCAAGGCUCUAAAAUAUCACUCUCUAAGCAGCGAAGUCAGAGUCUAGACUUGAGAAGACGGAAGGAAAGCAAUUUCCUGACUCCUGAUGCAUGGAUAGACUCUCUUAGCCAAGAAAACUGCUCUGCUCCAUCAUCUUGUCCUCCAGACUCGCUGUUCUGGAAACCUCAAAGUGCUCCUCCUAGGAAGAUUUCCAGAUCUCCUCCAAAUGAUCAUGCAGAUACCAAAUAUGCCACCUAUUUAACUUCUGCUGCUGCUGACCCUCUAUUUUCAGUGAGCCGUCCAGAAAGGCCCACAACAAAUCCUAAUGUGCCUUAUCAUUACGAACCAAGAAGAGAGGCCUGUCUUGUACCCAGUGCUGCCACAAUGCCAGGGGACUACCAGGAGGCCAUGGAACAGGAGGGAGGUUAUUUGGAGGCCGUGAAAGGAGACGAUGUAUGCUUACUGCCCAACACUGAUGCUCAAGAGGUACUGGAAUUGGAGGCAGGAGGCUACGAUGGAGUGCCAGAGUCUGGCAGCAGCUACAGCAGUUAUGCCAGCAGUGGCCUAGGAAGCAUGGAGCCCAGUAAUGGGCGCCUUUCCAUGUGUCACCUUUCUCCAACACUCAUAAGCUCACCUGAGACUAUAGAGGACACCCAGGGGAACACAGAGGACAUACAAAAUAACAAAAUGGAACCAAGCCAAAGGAGAAAGGUCUCUGUUGAUGAGAACUAUGAGUGGGAUGCUACUGAUUUCUGCUCACAACCUGCUGACCAACACGGCCUGUUUCCUUCGUUGAAUCUGCUGAAGCCUGAUCCGUACCGCAGCCUACCCAGCAUGCAGCGCUCCACUAAGGCACUGAAAAAUUGCAGUCAGGUUUCUCGGCUCCCAGGGCAUCAAAGCAGCUGCUCUGCUGAGCCAGAACCAGACACUGUGCUGUUCUGACAGUGCCAGCCUUUGGCUCGUCUCACCUGGUGUGUCCUUACACUUACUGACUCGCAUCAAUGUCGACAAAAAAGUGCAUGUGGCAGAAUAUGAGCCUUUGUGUGAUCAAUUUUAAUCCCCCUUUCAAUCAAAAAAAAAGAAGAAGAAAAAAAAAAGAGAGAGGCCAGUACAGAACUGCCUUUUUUACUAGACUAUUCUCUUUGCUAAGCUCAAGUGAAAAUAAUCAUUUUCAACACAUGUAGGUCUCAAUAAAAGUAGUAGAGGCAUAAAACCAUCGCUAUCUUUAUGCAAUGCUUUUAAACUUUGUUUCCCUUUGUGACCCAUAACUAUCAUCCUUUCGACAUUUUCUUUUGAGACUGUCUGCCAAUCUGCCAAUAUCAAAUCUGGUCACGGUUAUUUCUUGUGCACUUUGAUAUGCAUUCAUCAUCCAGGGAUGACACAGUAGCCAAACAAAAGACAAAAUAAUCACAGUCAUUAUCAACUUACUGGUCUAUGCUGGGAUGGAGCUUUCGAUAUUAUCUAUCACCUUUGAGUUUAACAGCAGAUAUGUUAAUGAAAUGUCAUCUAGUAAUGAAGAUUACUAAAAUACAGAAGGUUAUUCAGCUGCACUGUUGCACAAUUUGUGUAACCAUCUUUCUAGAAGUAUAAUUUCCCAGCAGAGAUUGUUAUCUACUUUUUUGCUGUAAAAACAAAAAAAAGGAAAACAUUUUUUUUAAGAAUCCCAACAUCUACUCAGUGUAAUGAAAGGCUUCCUCACCAUGCUGUCUCCUUGUUCAGUGCAGCAAGACCAUUAAUUAUGUUCAGUAAUUGAAGAGGGUCAUGUUAGCUAAGAUCAUAUUUCUUCUUGUUUAUUUUUUUAUGGUCAUAAAGGAAAAUUAGCCUUAUUAAAUUGUGUUGCCUAAUUUGGCAAGGGUCAGCUCUGACUAAUCAAUGAUUUUUUUCCUCCCAGCAACACGUGCGUAAAAAACACUUGGGAGAUAAGAGUGCUGCUGAAAAGUGGCACCAGUUAAAUGCUUUACUUGUCAGAGUGUAUUUUCACACAUCCAGUCAAAUAGUAUAUUAAUACCAUGGUGCAAAACGCACUUCUAUGAAUAUGUUUUCAAUGUCGAAAAACCAAAAUCCAAAACAAAAACUCAAAGAUCAUUAUAAGUUACCUUUAGAGGGGGAAACUAAAAUUGUGCAGUGCUUUAUGACAUUGUUAUUAAACGGUGAUUGUAGUUUUUAAUAAGUAAGAAAAGAAGGUUCAAUUAAGAGUAGAAAGUCGUGAGAAAGUUGUAUUUUUCUAAAAAGCUGCAAGAGAUCAGACUGGUGCAAUGUGAGUCUGAAAAGCACUAAAACACAUGAAGUUUUAUUCAAGCCAAAGUUUUAUUAUUUAAGCCAAACUCUUUUUGGAUAUUGUGCAAUUAUCAGUGGACACUGUUCAUACUUCUGUCUGAGCUGUAGGACUGCAAAUUCUGUUGUAUGAAGGUCUUUUCCCCCGUUCCCACUGCAUGUUGCAUUUUGUUUAAGUUUAGACUCUCUUCUACACUGACUCACACAUUUGCACCACUGGUGACCAUUGUGCCCAGAGACAUUUUUAGCCAUAUGGUGGGUAAGCUAAAAGAUGCUGCAGAGCAUGGAGAAAAAGAACAACACUGAAAUCCUGAUACUGCAAUAAAUUUGCAGGCUGAAUCUGUAGAAGGACACUCAACUAAGGACUGAUGUGCACUUUUAUAUCGAUGACUUCUAUGGUAGUCAUUUAUUUAGCCCAGGAAGAAUGACAGACUUGUACCAGGCUUCAGUAACAUGACUAUCAGAUAUUAUUUUGAUUAACAAAAAUAACAAAAUGUUAUGAAAGCCAGUGGUUGUGAGCAAUGGAAGGUUAAUGUUUGCUUUUAUCUUUUAAUAUGCCUUUCAAUGGAACCCUGUUUUGCCGAAAAAGAAGCAAUCCCAGUACAACUUUCGACCUGCUGGUGUGAUUAGGUACUAAGAUGUUUGAAGAGUUUGCUUUGUUUUAAUGCAUAAUAGUGGAACAAAUUCAUAACAUAAAACAUCAGUUUUAAUUAAUGUGUGGAAUAAUUCCCAUAUCAAAUUGUAAAAACAGAUUUUUUCCAACCUCCUUUUCCUACUGCAGAUUAUUUUUUUCCUGGAGGAUCAAACCAAGCACAAAUGUUUCACUGUUUCCCUAAACCUACUGAGAAAAAGAAAUGCACCCAUGCCUCA